AUGCCAGACAGGGCAGCUGGAGGCAUGCGCCGCCACGAUGGAGGUGCCGGAGGGGGAGGGGGAGGAUCAGAAGGCCGGCAGCCGAGGACAUUCGAGAUCUGGAGCUUUGCCUUCGCCUUCUUCCUGAAGUACAAAUGGGUGAACCAAAGGGCAGCCUACCCUGGUGGGGCCAUGACGCCUGAGGCAGUGUCCCAAAAGAAGUCCGAACUGGCGGUGUGGCUGCGGGAGGGCCUGUGCCGCCUGGGCCCCACCUUCAUCAAAGUCGGGCAGCAGUUCUCGACCCGCGUCGAUGUGCUCUCGCCGGAGUUCAUCCGCGAGCUUGCCAAGCUCCAAGAUGAUGUGCCGCCCUUCCCGACGGACAAGGCGAUCGAAAUCAUGGAAACCAGCUGGGGGAGGAAGGUGUCAGAUGUGUUUGACGAGUUCAACAGAAAGCCGCUUGCAGCAGCAAGCCUGGGCCAGGUGCACCUGGCCAAGUUGAAUGGCCAGACAGUGGUAGUGAAGGUGCAACGGCCAGGGCUGAGAGAGCUGUUUGAGAUCGACCUGAAGAACGUCUUGGCGCUGGCUAAGAUCAUGAAGAGGCUGGACAGCAGGGCAGAUGGGGCUGCCAGGGAUUGGGUGGCGAUCUACGAGGAGUGUGCCAGGAUAUUGUACGAGGAGAUCGAUUAUGUGCUGGAGGGCCACAACGCGGAGAAGUUUCAGGCGAAUUUUGCGGGCGUUGACUGGGUCAAGGUGCCAAAGAUCUACUGGAAGCACACCACCAACCAGGUGCUCGUCAUGGAGUAUGUCCCAGGCACCAAAAUCAACAACGCCCCCCAAAUCGACACCCUCGGCCUCGACCGCCGAAAGCUGGCACGCCUGACGGUCGAGUCCUACCUGCAACAGAUCCUGCGCCACGGCUUCUUCCAUGCCGACCCACAUCCAGGCAAUGUGGCCUGUGACACGGAGAAUGGGGGCCGGCUGAUCUACUACGAUUUUGGGAUGAUGGGGUCGAUACCUGGGGAUGUGAGACGGGGAUUGUUCGACCUGUUUUAUGGGGUGUAUCAGAAGGACGUGGACAAAUGCAUUGAGGCGAUUGUGGCGAUGGGAGUGCUGGUGCCUGGGGGGGAUAUGACAGCGGUCAGGAGGACGGGCAAGUACUUCUUGCAACAGUUUGAGGAGCGACUGGAAUCGCAGAGGAAGGCCAGGCAGGACCUGGGCGACAAGUAUGCCUCCACCUACAAAACGCCAUUGACCAAAAACGAACAGAAGCAGGUCCAGAAGAAGAUCCUGGCCAACAUCGGCGAAGAUCUGCUGAUCACCGCCGCCGAUCAGCCCUUCCGCUUCCCUGCGGAGUUCACCUUCGUGGUAAGGUCCUUCUCAGUGUUGGAUGGCAUCGGCAAGUCCUUGGACUCGAGGUUUGACAUCUCGGAGAUCGCGGCGCCGUACGCGCGGGAGUUCGUGCUCGAAGCACGGCCGCAGGUCGAGAGGCUACAGGAGGACUUGAAGAAGCGGGCGAGCCUCCAGGUGUAUGCAGGUUCUGACGAGCUUGCCUUAUGUGGAAAGAAAAUUGUUGAGCGGCUGGAGAGUGGGGACACCAAGCUGCGUGCACGAGCGUUGGAGGCCGAGCGGGCGCUCGCACGCGUCGAGAUCUGGCAGGCCAUCAUGAUUUCGGGCCUCGUGGCAUCGAUGCUCAUCAAUGCCGGGACGGCACUGUCGCUGCACGGGGCACGAGCGGUGUCGACGGUGAUCUUCCUGGGUGCCGCGGCAUUUGGGUGCUCGGCACUCGCGAACGUGCUCAAGCUGAGGAAAGAAAAGAAGAAGGAAGAGGCGAUCACAGGCAUCGGCGCCAAAGUAGUGGAAAUAUGA